GUCUCAUUAUCUUUAUCAAAAGAUUCGCUUGACUCAUAUUCUUUGGUGGUCUGAUGCCUCUAUGGAGAAAUUGAAGAUCAUAUCUUGUGGCAGUUGCUGAAUUUGAUUCCUGCCAGAGAAAGGCAACCGUCAAUUUGGUGACUUUGAUCGCCGGAUGUCUAGCUGACUCCCGGACUCCAAACCCUAACGGUCAGAAUAAUUGAUCAGAUUUUCUUUAAUUCAUUCAAUUACCACCGGGUAUGUUGAGAUUGAUGCAAGUUGGAUCAAGUUGAGUUAUUCUUUUACGUUCUUGAAAUCGGUUGUGGAUUCUUCUAGUUGUUCUAGAUAUUGCGUCUUAGCCUGAAAUGGAUCACAAAUUCCUCUUCAAUUCCCAGGCGACUGGUGGGCAAGCGCCAUUUUGCUCAGCUCCCCGGCUGACGAAACCUCGCCUGGCUAAGAAGAAAUAUACGGCAGCCAAUCGUCCCAUUUGUGUUGAGAAUGACCCGAGUUACAACCCAUUUCGCUCACAGCCUAUGCGAGAUUCAUCUAGUGUGGUAAAUGAUGGACAUUUGGGUAGCAAUAAUACUUCCAUUUCUGGGAAUGUGGGGGUUGCAAUUGGAACUUCAAAAGCCGAAAUUUAUGGGAAAGCAUUUAGCUCUACAUUUACUAGUGAUCCAUUUUGUACAGCGGGACAUGCAAAUUUUUGUGGAAUCGUAGGGGAUAAAGCUCUUGUUGGCGACAUGAGGAAGUUGAAGAUUGAUAGCGAUCAACAUCAUAUUAAUGUGAGUACGAAUAUGAAUGCUAGUGAAACUAGAAAAUCUGAUUUGAGGGGGACUGAUCAAGUACUGGCUUCUAUGUUAACAGAGGAGGUUGAAAGUAAACUGAAAAUUGAAAGUGAGGGGAUUGCUGAGAGCGCACAGAAGGGAGACAGCCUGAAGUUUAAAUCAAGUGGAAGUACCAAGUUACAUGAUAGCUUUGUAAUUGGUGAGAAUGUUGGUGGUUGUGCUGGAAGAAUGAAUGUUUUGAAUGAAAUGAACAAAUUGAAUAUCAAAGACGAGGCCACUGAUAAGCUGAAGAACCCUGCACACGGGAGAGUAGAGUUUUUGGGGAGAACCUCUGGUGAAAGCCAUCCUGAUUUGCAGAAGACAAUACAUUUAAAAGAGACUAUGAACCCACACCUUGGCACGGGAAACAUCAACUUUAGUUUUCAUUCAAAUGGCAUCUAUAAUCCAAAAUGCAGAGGCCCUUCAGAUGGAGUGCACACAGCACUGCCGGCCACAAAAACUGCAAAUGAGAUGAAGACGGAAUUUUCCUGUGGCAAGAGUUCUAUUUAUUCUGGUGCAGUUCCUUCAGAAAUCACUUUUCAGGCAGAAAGGCGUGAGGUGUCCACUAACAGGCAGGUUCAUGUUGGUGACGAAAGUAGUACUACGACAUCAUGUUCCUCCAACAAUGUCCAGUGUGCAUCAGGUGGUCUUGAAGCACCCGUAAUAUAUAUGCCUGGAAAGAAGGUCGAGUUUAGUUUCAGUGACAUGAUGCAACAUGUAGACUUUAACACGCCAAAUUUAAAAGGUAGCUUGAAUAGGAAAUUUGAAACAAAAAGGGAUCUAACUAAAGAUACCAAGUUGAAGAAAAAGAAAGGGAAACAUAGAAAGCCGGUUUCAACUUCAAUGCAUGUUGGACAAGGUUAUUCUCCUGUGGAAAGUUUGCAAGAAAAUGCAGACUCCUCUGGAUCAUGUUCGCCAAUGGAUAUUUCUCCAUAUCAAGAAACAAACGCUGAUAACUCAUUUUCAAGGGAAACUUCUGUGACUUCUGAUGAAGCCUCAAGUGCAAAUGAUAAGUACGCAUCAAGUGAGUCGCACCCAAUGGUUGUAAAUGAUAUAGCAGAUGAUCAUCUUAUUGAUGCAACCCAACGUUUGAGUAUUAAUGAAAAAAAUGUAAAAUUUGAUGAGAAGGAAGAAGUAGAAUCCAUGCAUUUCCAUCCAGUCGUUAGUGCUGAGAGGCCUUCCGAAGGUUCGUUUUCAGGAGCUGAGACCGAAAGCUUUAAAUCUGCUACUGAUCAGUUAGAUUGUAGCAGUGAUUCAUUUUUUACUGCAGUAGAUAAUGAAGUAAGUUCUAGUUCAACCAUUGAGAGACAAGAUAUUAUUGGGGGAACUCAAACAAAUUUAGAAGACACAUUCCAGUCUAGCUUCACAUUUGCCGCCUCUUCUACUGCUCAAUGUCACUCUCCGCCAGUAACACGAAAUCAGAAGAAGAAAGUCCAAUCCAGACGUGGAACUGAUUUAAGUAGUUCUUUAUCGGGUGCAAAAGUUUCAAUUUCAUCCUUUACUUUGAAUCAUUUUCAAGUUCCUGGGACAUCCUCAUCCUUUAAUAAAGCUAAAAACUUUGAUUUGCCUUCUGAUUCAAACCACGUUUCAAAUCAAUGUCAUGGUAAAAGUGAACCAGUUAAGAAAAGUGAGGUUAAGCAAGAAACUAGGUUCCCUACUGUUGAGAGCAUGGCUGCUCAGGAAGCUUGUGAAAACUGGAGAGUAAGGGGUAAUCAAGCCUAUGCAAGUGGGGAUUUGUCUAGAGCAGAAGACUAUUACACGCAGGGGAUCAAUUGCAUAUCUCAGAGUGAGAUGUCUAGAAGCGUUCAUCAAGCUUUAAUGUUGUGCUACAGCAACCGUGCUGCAACAAGGAUGUCUCUAGGAAGAAUGAAGGAGGCACUAGUGGAUUGUUUGAUAGCCAUCAAGAUGGAUCCAAACUUUUUCAGGGCCCAAAUUCGAGCUGCUAAUUGUUACCUAUCUCUGGGGGAAACUGAAAGUGCGUCUCAACAUUUUAUGAGGUGCUUGGAGAUUGGUAGUAAGUCCUGUGUGGAAAGUAAGGUACUGGCCGAAGCCUCCGAGGGCCUAAAAAAGGCACAGAAAGUAUCAGAAUGCAUGAAGCAAUCUAUGACACUCCUAGGAAGAAGAACACACGAUGAGGUGGUGGGUGCCUUGACUUUGAUAGCUGAUGCUUUGAUGAUAAGCCCUUGUUCAGAAAAGCUACUCGAAAUGAAAGUGGAUGCUCUUUUUAUGUUGAGGAAAUAUGAAGAGGUAAUUCAGUUAUGUGCGCUGACUCGUCCUUCAGCAGAGCUAAACACAUAUGGAUCAGAUGCUGACUUAGGAAUGUUGGGUGCGUCUAAAAAACCGAAGACUGCUUCAUCUAGGCUUUGGUGCUGUUCGAUGACUGUCAAAGCCUAUUUUUAUUUGGGGAAGCUUGAGGAAGCUGCUAAUUUUUUGAAUAAAGAAGAGAAAAGCAUGCCUUUAAAGGAAAGUGGAGGAGAUUUUACAUUAGAUUCUAGUAUACCUCUGGCUGCAACAAUACGUGAGCUUUUGCGCUUCAAGGCUUUAGGAAAUGAAGCAUUUAAAUCAGGAAAGCCUGUGGAUGCUAUUGACCUUUACAGUGCUGCUAUAUCAUGUAAUGUCGAGUCACGGCCCUUUUCAGCCAUUUGUUUUUGCAAUCGUGCUGCUGCAUACCGAGCUGUGGGCCAAAUUUUGGACGCCAUUGCAGAUUGCAACCUCUCUAUAGCUCUUGAUGGAAAUUACGUAAAGGCAAUAUCUAGACGAGCAUCAUUGCUUGAGAUGAUCAGGGAUUUCGGACAAGCAGCUUCUGAUCUUCAAAGACUUAUUUCCCUCCUCACAAGGCAAAUGGAAAAUAAGGCAAACCAUUCAGAUAAAAGUUCUCUUGUGAAUGAGAUCCGGCAAACACAACAGAAGCUUUUGAGAAUGGAAAAUGAAGACAAAAAUGAAAUCCCUUUGAAUAUGUACCUAAUACUGGGAGUUGACCCAUCUGCUGCGUCAUCAGAUAUUAAGAAGGCUUAUCGAAAAGCAGCACUCAAACAUCAUCCUGACAAGGCUGGGCAAUUGGUAAAUAAACACGACAAUGCAGAUGACGGAACUUGGAGAGAAAUAGGAGAAGAGGUUCGCAGAGAUGCUGACCGGCUUUUCAAAAUGAUAGGGGAGGCCUAUGCACUGCUCUCAGAUCCUGCCAAGCGUGCACGAUAUGAUCUUGAAGAAGAGAUAAGGAACGGUCAAAGUAUUAGAGGGAACAGAGGAGGCACUAUGAAAACACAAAUGGAGUCUCAAAACUAUCCAUUUGAGAGGAGUGGGAGUAGAUGGCAAAGAAGUGAUGUUUGGAGAGCCUAUGGCAAAUCACAGCCCAGAGACUCUGAUACAAGUCAUCAGUCGAACUGGUACUCGUGAUGAGGUUUAGUGCUUGCUCUCUGCUCCCAUCCCACUAGUCGUUUCUACUCAGCUUUUACUAUUGCUGCCUAAAUUUCUUGAGGUGCCAGAUCAACUGUGUGAAGCACUUGAUAUCAUUCAUCAUGACUUGAUCAUUUCAAUGGACAAGUUAUUAUACUCGAUACGCAAGCUAAAUUCACGCUCUGUUUAGCUGCACCUGGAAGAGACGGCGGAUUUAGAACCCUUCUGCAGAAGCUGCUGUGUGUGUUCGCGAGAAAUCUUAAAUUCUUUUGUUAUUUAAUUGAUUGUGUAUAUAACGCCUUCUUUUAUUUCAUUUCAUUUAAUUCUACAGUGCCAUGUGUGCCCUUUUGUAUAAUUUCUUUUUAUAUGGAAAAUCCCAUGCUUCCCUCAUUUGUUGUGUAUUUCACGUUAUCACAAUGAAAAAGAGGUUUAGCAUUGCCGGAGAAUCAACAGUGGUGUGCACU